GUCUUUGAAGAAACUGGGUUUGACAUAAAAGAUUUUAUCUGCAAAGAAGAAUAUAUUGAGCUGCGAAUCAAUGAUCAAUUAGCACGACUGUACAUCAUUCCAGGAGUUCCGAAGAACACAAAGUUCAACCCCAAAACUAGAAGGGAAAUUCGGAAUAUUGAGUGGUUUUCCAUCGACAAAUUACCAUGCCACAGAAAUGACAUGACCCCGAAGUCCAAGCUGGGUUUGGCACCUAACAAAUUUUUUAUGGCAAUUCCCUUCAUCAGACCAUUGAGGGAAUGGAUUUCCCGAAGAAAUGGAGAUUCCUCAGAUAGCGACAAUGGAAUUUCAUCUGCAGGGAGCACACCCUCUAAGCCCAACUUGGAAAAAGCUAGAUCCAAACUUUGCUGUAGUCAGCAGGUGUUUACAGAUAGCUUUUCAGGAGAGCAGUGGGUGAAGCCAAAACAGCCACAGAAGCCAUAUAAUCAUCCUGAGAUGUCUGAAGUUUUGAAAAUAAAGAGUCAGAGCUUGAGGAGCAAUGGCAGAAAGCAGUAUCAAGACAUUUCCAGCCAAAAGAAGCGAACAAAUGGAGUCCACAGUCAACCAGUUAAGCAAAAUCAUACCUUGAAAUGUGAAAAAAGGCUUAAUCCAAGAAGACUUCAAGAUAACUUUGAAACAGAUGCAGCAUAUGAGAUGUGUUGCUCCAGUGAAGAUCCACUGCCAGAACAUGUAGAGGGACAUUCUGUGGCAUGCCAUGGCCGUUACAAAUUUGCUUUCUCAUCAAGAGCUUUCUUGAGUUUCAAGUUUGACCAUGAUGCCAUAAUGAAAAGUUUUGACCUCUGA